AUGUACAAUCGACUCUCGUCCUCUGUCUCAGCGAUGCAACAACCGCCAGCAACCCAACCGUCUGUCGACGCCACUCACUCGCCGUUCGCGCGCGCCGAGCCUUCCGAGCACCUCACCUUCUCCGAGAUGGCGCGCAUCGCUGGUCGCCCGCAGACGUUCGAGGAGAUGUACGCCGUACCAGAAUCCUUCCUCGAGAUCGAAGUCCGCAACCCCCUCACACAUGGUGUCGGGAGGCGCAUGUUCACCGAUUACGAGAUCGUGUGCAUGACGAACAUCCCCGCGUUCAAGGUGCAACAUUCGAUUGUGCGCAGGCGAUACUCGGACUUUGAGGCGUUCCGCGACAUCCUUGAGCGCGAGAGCACGCGUGUCAACAUUCCCCCUCUCCCUGGCAAGGUGUUCACCAAUCGCUUCACCGACGACGUGAUCGAGCAGCGUCGCGAAGGCCUACAGCGUUUCCUCGAGAUUGUCGCAGGUCACCCCCUCCUUCAAACCGGGAGCAAGGUCCUCUGCGCCUUUCUCCAGGACCCGUCGUGGGACAAGUCGCAGUGGAUCUAG